UCUUUGUCAAUUCGGUUUUCUUGAGCUCCAGGAUUAACACCCAAUUCCUAGGAUGCCAACGAACGAACAACCCCGGUGACAAACACAUAGCCUAGUGAAGGGCUUCGAUUUACAGGCAUUGUCCUGCAAUAUUUCACAAUGGCUUCUGUCGCACCUAAUCCCGCCGCGUCGCCGGAAGAGGAGCUGUUAACCAAGACACCGGCAUUGACUGUUCAAGAAGCCGCAACAUCAGCCGAGUUGCCUCCCCACCGGAGCCAUGAUCCGCAGUUCAACAUGAAGAGAACGGAUCCCUUCCAAUUCGGUUCGCGUUAUCUCCAAGAAAGUGACGACGUCUUCGAGUUCAACGCGUGGGAUCAUGUGGAGACUGACGACACGUACAAGGAGUACGCUGAGCAGCAAUAUGCCAUGCAGCGAGAGUCGCCAGUCUCCGACUUUGAUAAACGCAGGUUCAAUUCCGAUCCCGCAAAGUGGUGGAAUCUAUUCUACAAGAAUAACACUGCCAAUUUCUUCAAGAACCGUAAAUGGUUGCAACAGGAAUUCCCUAUACUCGAUAAGGUUACCGCAGAAGAUGCUGGCCCGGUUACAUUGCUGGAAGUAGGCGCCGGUGCCGGCAACACUGCGUUUCCUAUACUAGCCAGCAACAAAAACCCCAAGCUGAAAGUGCAUGCUUGUGACUUCUCCAAGAAGGCCGUUGAAGUGAUGCGUAGUCACGAAGAGUAUAACACCGACUUCAUGCAAGCCGAUGUAUGGGACGCCGCUAGUAAUGAUCUCCCUCCGGGUCUCGAGGAGGGCAGUGUAGAUGUUGUCCUUAUGAUUUUCAUAUUCUCGGCCCUAUCCCCAAUACAAUGGGAACAAGCUGUACGAAACAUCUAUCGAGUACUCAAGCCAGGCGGUGAAGUAUGCUUCCGCGACUAUGGCAGAGGUGAUCUAGCACAGGUUCGGUUCAAGGGGGGUCGGUACCUGGCAGAGAACUUCUACAUUCGGGGUGACGGUACGCGAGUCUAUUUCUUUGAGAAGAAUGAACUUGCCCAGAUAUGGGCUGGAGCUUCUACGGCUCCUGAAGAUGAAGUAGAGGCUGAAGAUACUACGAAGGAGGUUACAGAGUCAGAAGCGAAGCAACCCUUAUUUGAUGUUGAAGAGCUUGGAGUUGAUAGACGAAUGCUCGUAAAUAGAGCGCGGCGGUUAAAGAUGUACCGCUGCUGGAUACAAGGUCGUUUUAGAAAGAAAUAGACACUGUUUCCAGAAUUUAAUUGCUACUGCAAUGUGAUGCCAUGCUUCGCUUUCUAGUGCUACGACCAUGAACCGUAAAACAAAUAUUUGCUCACGCACCCAGUACUUCAACGAGUCGCUUCCUUUCAUCAUCCCCAAACUCCACACUACUCAAGAAGCCAUUG